AUGGACCCAGAUGCGGGUACACCAACUUUGCCAAGCGGCUAUAACAGCAGUACGGCUGUCAUCGAUCCCACAACGUCCACAUUCCGCUGUGCUGAAGGCUAUUAUGAGCAAUGUACCGGCAAUACAAUAUGUGCUGGAGGUCCUUUAAACCAUACAGCCGUAGCACGUCAACAGGAUGGUGAACUAGUCUGGGCCAACCUUCCAACCUGCCAUCCAAUAUAUCGGAAUGAUUGCAAAGACUCGGCAACAACUUGCCAGCCAGGUUCCUACUGUCGAAACGUGAAAGGUGGUCAUGGUUGCCUGCCUUCGCCUUCUGAACAGGGCAGCCACCUGUGCUUAACAACACGAGCUCACGUCUCUGUGUUCGCCCAUCUCGCUACCCUGACGGAAGCUGAAGAGCAAUGUCGCCGUCUAGGCGGACGUCUACCCGCUGGAAGUGUGGAAGCUAAAUGCCUAAAACAAGCUCUUGGCACAGUGGGCGCACACGCUAACGAAACCAGGCCGUGGCUACUGACACAUCAGGAUGAUCUCCUCAGCGAAGGCGACCGGUAUACUCUGCACAGGGCUGGUGUGCCGCCAAAUGCAGAAGCGUCGGAUGCACGCCACACCGUGGCAUGCGCCUUCAAUCUCAGGGAACACUUCUGCACGAAUGAAACACAUUUGGUCCAUUAUCCGCCCUCGAAAAUGAACAACGCCGAAAUGAUGACGCCUUUUUGUCAGGAUCAAAAAGCUCGGGUGCCAACUGAGGGCGACAUGAAGUGCGUUGAAGACUUCAGAUCUCUGAUUCACAAAGAGACGGGUCACGUGGAACAAAACUUUGCUAACCAGUUGUGUGUAGUUAGACCUGACCACUCUAAAUUCACUCCAUCUACACUUAGCUCCUUGUCCACUGGCAUUAGUUCUAUAUCCUGA